AUGGCGAACGAGCCUCCCAAAUCAUCGAUCCUUCUACGAGGUGGGACGGUCCUCACUCACGACAAGGAUGACCACGUUGUCGUUCUCCGUGACACGGACGUUCUCAUUCGGAACGAUAUCAUCGAGCAUGUCGGGGAAAAUAUUGAUCCUCCUAGCAGCUCUACGCAAGUUAUUGAUUGCAAAGGGAAGAUCGUCUCUCCGGGCUUCGUGGAUACCCAUCAUCAUCUCUGGCAGACGCAGUUGAAGGGCCGGCAUGCCGAGCAGGGGCUUGUUGCAUAUAUGUAUUCUGGCAAUAUGAUGUCCUAUGCCUACAAACCAGAAGAUACGUACUGGGGUCAGCUAUCGGGCUGUCUGGAGGCUAUUCAUGCGGGGACAACAACAGUCCUCGAUCAUGCGCAUUGCGUCUAUACACCUGACCACGCCACAUCUGCACUGCAGGCAACUAUUGACUCGGGCAUCCGCGCUGUCUUCGGGUAUACCGUUGCGACACGCAUGGCGCGGUGGGAUCAAGCCCAGUGUGUUCCCGAGCAGGAUCUCGUGCCCGAGUGGGCGGUCCAGCAGUUAGGCGAUCUGCUCGAGAACCACAACAACGCCGCAUCGCUAGUGGAAAUAGGCAUGGGUUUCGAUCUCUGGUUCCUCCCAAAGGACAUGGUCUUGGGCAUGUUCCAGACUCUCAGACAGAAGGGUUUACGACUCGUUACGAGCCACGUCGCGCGUAAUGCUUUUAUGGGUCUCCAUUCCCAUGUUCAGCUACUCCAGUCUUACGACCUCCUGCGGACUCCCUAUCCACCAUCAGAGUCGUCAGCAAGCAUGCCGUACUUGCUUCUAUCACACUGCAAUGGCAUCUCGCACGAGGACAUGUCCACGCUCGCGACGACCGGGACGCCGAUAUCAAGCACCCCCGGAUCGGAAUCUCAGAUGGGCAUGGGCUUUCCGGUCGGCCUGGACCCAGCACUGAAAGCACAAGAGUCCGCGCAUGUUUCACUUGGCGUGGACUGCCACACAAACGACCCGUCUUCCAUCCUCCUGCAGGCACGAAUGCUGCUACAACUCACGCGAGUUCAAAAGAACGCGAGGAUUGGCGCAGAAGGAAAAUAUCCCUCCGAGAACGUCACCGGCACGUCGGAGGAAGCAUUCAACCUUGCAACAAUACGUGGAGCCAGGUGUCUGGGCCUCGGAGAUGCGAUAGGAAGCAUCGAGGCGGGCAAGAAAGCCGACCUGGUGGUCUUCGACGCGGCGGGGAGCGUAGGUAUGUUGAGCGCAAUCGAGUACGAUCCUGUUGUUGCAAUUGUGCGAUUCAGUGAAGCUGCUGAUAUUGAACACGUCAUUGUGAAUGGGGUGCUGAGGAAGCGUGGGGGCAAACUUGUCGCUACGGACAUCAGUCUGGACAAGAAGGGGCCCAUGGAGUGGAAGGAAACGGCAGAACAAGUGCGGCGUAGCCAACGGGACAUCCAGCAGAGGAUUGACGGUCUCAGCCUGCAAAAAGCGCGCGAGACACUGUUGGGCAUGUAUCAUACCGACACCAGUCGGUUGGUUGACGCCGAGUAG